GUCGAGUUUCACCCAAAGCUGUGCCAGAAAGAACUGAGGAGAGUGUGUGAGGAGCAUGGAGUGUGUCUCCAAGCGUAUUCUUCCUUAGGACAAGGAGACCUGGUCACUGAUCCUGUGGUCAUAGAGGUGGCAAAGAAAUAUGAACAUACACCUGCACAGGUCCUGUUGCGCUGGGCUGUGCAGCAGGGCGUCCCGGUGCUGCCUAAGUCGUCAAAUCCAGACAGAAUAAAGAACAAUGCCAGGCUUUUUGACUUCACACUGAGUGACACAGACAUGGACAGACUGUCAGCUUUGGACUGUGGACACAAGUAUUGCUGGGAUCCAUCAGAAGUGGCCUAAUAGAACACACAUAGUCUUGAAUGAUGCCUUUUUCUUUAGCUGUUACUGGCGGUGAUGCUGUAGUAAGCAACAAAUAUCAAAAAAAGUGGAAAUUUUAGUUUUGUCACUGGACUAUUGUAUUGAUUUAAGUAAAUGUACAUCUAUGCAUUUAGUUAUAUGAGAGUAAAAGUAUCAUUUUGAGAUGACAUUGGCCAAUAGGUUGACCUAUUUAUUGUGACCCACAUGCCAUUAAUGCCAAGAGCCUUUCCAGGCAGUAUCUACAGGUGUUUUGCCUAAAAUGAGUUAAUGUGCCAUCACUUUAAGAGUAUUUCCAUAUUCUUGUUGCCUUUUAUUCUUGAAUGAUACUUGCAAAAUAAUGUUUUGCUUUUGUGUUCUAGUUUUCUAUGUGGAUUGCCACAAAUUUGAAAUGAUAAAAUUAU